AUGAUUGAUUCAACUAUGAUAAAUGGAGCCUUUUGUACUCUUACUGUUCUGCUAUUGGUAUUAACAUUUUGUUACUCACAAAAUCUAAACUAUCAAUGUAAUUUCGACAAUGAUGUGACAGGUGAUUGUCAAUUCAGACUAACAUCGGGAGGAAUCGAUAAUUUGGCCUUGAUAAAUGGCAGUGUCCCUGGUGGCAAUCCUACUCAACCCUUAUCUGAUGUUACUGGUGUUAAAUCUCUGACUACACCUAACAAUGAACCCUGCAAUUUUCCAUAUACCUAUACACCAGGAAACUGGCAAAUGUGGUUUUGUCGACGUUAUUCUGCUACCAACUUAACGUGUCCAACUAAUUCCGGUUUUGGACAAUGUGCUAUUGGAAAAUUUGCCGGCAUAAGAGCAUCAGUUCCUACUGGUGCAUAUGAUCAGACAUAUGUGACUGAUGUUAAACAAAGCUCAAGUGCUAUUCAAUGUCUUGAUUUCUAUUACUAUAUACCUGGAACAACGAGCAAUCCUAAAAUACAAGUAGGAUGGACAGCUGACGCAGACACACAACAAAUAGUCGAAUUGCCAGCACAUUCAGAAAACAGAUGGCAAAAUAGUCGGAGUAGCUUUACAGCUCCUUCAUCAUCUUCUUAUCAACUUACAUUCAGAAUGAUGCGCGAUACGGGAGGUUUCAGUUUCACUUUUGGUUUGGAUGAAAUCAAGAUCUAUGAUCAACCUUGUGGUAUGUUUUCUUGUGACCACUUGAAGAUUUGUUUUCACGUUUACUUUUUUUUCUGGGAGAUUCCACUCAGACGACAACUACCACUGCCGAAGUAGGCAUUUACAGCGUUUGAAAGAUCUCCUUUUACUUUUAUUUUGUCCACAUUCGUAUUUGUUUACAGUCAACCAGCAUGAUCCACACCAGUACAACUACUCCUGUGUUGCCCGAUACAACCACUCCUACACUAACAAUAACUACCACUAGAUCACCCGAAACACUUACUACCGAGUCAACCACAACCACUACUGAACUACUCGAAACCACCACUACAAUAUCAACAACAACUACUACUCUAUCGCCUGAAACGGCUACUACUGAAUCAACAACAACUACCACUGAGUUAGUGGAAACAACCAGUACAACAUCAACAAUAAUUACUACUGAAUCACCCGAAACACCCACUACCGAGUCAACAACAACCACCAUAGAAUUACCAGAAACGCCUAGUACCGAGUUAGCGACAACUACCACUAAAUUAUUAGAAACGAGCACUACAACAUCAGCAACAGCUACUACUCAAUCGCCCGAAAUCGCCACUAUUGAAUCAACAACUACCACCGAAUCACCCAAAACGAUCAUCACUAGUGUGACAACAACAAUCACGAGUGAGUUACCAGAAACGCCUACUACCGAGUUAACGACAACUACUACUGAAUUACUAGAAACGAGCACUCUUGAGCCAACUACAGCUUCCACUGAAUUAUCGGAAGUGACCAACUCUGCAUUAGCAACCACUACUGCUGAAUUGCCGGAAACGACCACUUCUAAGGCAACAAUCACUACCGCUGAGUUGUCCGAAAUGAUCACGAGUGAGGCAACUACAGCUUCCACGCAGUUAUUGGAAACGACCAUCUCUGCGUCAAUAACCACUACUACUGCAUUACCAGAAACAGCUACUCUAGAAUUAAUGACAACUGUCACUGAAUUACCACAAACGACGACUCUUGAGACAAUAACAACCACCGCGAAAUUAUCGGAAAUGGUCACAACUGUAUUAUCUAUAACUACCACUGAGUUACCCGAAACGACCACUCUUGAGAUAACUACAGCUUCCACUGAAUUAUCAAAAACGAUCAUCUCUGCGUCAACGACUACUACUACUGUAUUAUCAGAAACGGCCACCUUGAACCCAAUGGCAACUGUCACUGAAUUAUCAGAAACGACUAAUCUUGAGGCAAUAACAACCACUGCAGAAUUAUCGGAAAUGGCCACAACUGUAUCGAAUAUAACUACCAUUGAGUUACCCACAACGAUCACUCUUGAAGUGGCUACAACUUUCAGUGAAUUAGCGGAAGUGAUCACCUCUGAGUCAAAAACUAUUACUACUGAAUUACUCGAAACGACCACUUCUAAGGCAACAACAAGUGCCACUGAAUUGCCCGAAGUGAUCAGUCAUGAGACGACGAUAGCUUCCAC